AUGUCUUUCUCCGAUUUCUCUAAGGUCGAGACCCUCAAGUCUUUGAACGAAUUCUUGGCUGACAAGUCCUACGUCGACGGUACCGCCGCCACCUCUGCCGACGUCUCUGUCUACCAGGCUUUCCAAAAGACCUACCCAGCUUUCGCCAGAUGGUUUAACCACAUUGCCUCUUUCACCGAGGAGUUCGAGACCUUGCCAGCCGGCAAGGCCCCAGCCGGUUCUGCUGCCGCUGCCGAGGAGGACGACGAUGACGUCGACUUGUUCGGCUCCGACGAUGAGGAGGUCGACGAGGCCGCCGAGAAGUUGAAGCAGGAGAGAUUGGCCGAAUACGCUGCCAAGAAGGCCUCCAAGGGCCCCAAGCCUGCUGCCAAGUCCAUUGUCACCAUGGACGUCAAGCCAUGGGACGACGAGACCGACUUGGAGCAGUUGUUGGCCAACGUCAAGGCCAUUGAGAUGGAGGGUUUGACCUGGGGUGCUUCCCUGUGGAUCCCCGUCGGCUUCGGCAUCAAGAAGUUGCAAAUCAACUUGGUUGUCGAGGACGCCUUGGUGUCCUUGGACGAGUUGCAGGCCGCCAUUGAGGAGGACGAGGACCACGUCCAGUCCACCGACAUUGCUGCCAUGCAAAAAUUGUAA